AUGACCGACAAGCCGUUCCCCCAGCAGACUCAACUGCACACCGUGGCCGAGCACCGCGCUGCCGUCCUGACGUACCCCGCCAACUUGCGGGAAGCUCUCCGUCAGGCCAAGGAGGAUCCCAAGAAGACGCUGCUGGGUGUCGCCCAGGGCAUCCCCAGUGUUUUUGUCACAAAGGUGAUGGCCUCGGCCAAGCCCGACUUCAUCUGGAUGGACGUUGAGCACGGCAUCUUUGACCGCUCGACCCUCUACGACUGCAUCCAUGCCGCACAACAUCACUCCGAGGGUAAGACGCUGGUUGUGUGCCGCGUUCCCAAGCACGACGAAGUCAGCUUGUCAACUGCGCUCGACGCCGGUUGCGCCGGUUUCGUGAUCCCCCACACCGAAACCGCGCAGGACAUCAAGGACAAGGUCAAGGACAUCUUCUACCCGCCGCUCGGCCAACGCUCCUUCAGCCCCUGGACCUUCACGCCGGGCAUCUCCAACCAGUCGCUCUACGCCAACGACAACUGGAACAUGAAGAACUCCAACAACCACAUCUGUGUCAUCGCGCAGAUCGAGAGCGUCAAGGGCCUCGAGAACAUCGAGGAGAUCGCGGCCAUGCCCGAGGUCGACGCGCUCAUGUUCGGCCCCGGCGACUACAGCGCCGACGCCGGCAUCGACCUCCAGCUCGGCGCCCCGCCCCCGCAGGCCUUCGUCGAGGCCAUGACCAAGUUUGUGUCGACCGCGCACAAGUAUGGCAAGCCGCUGUUUGGUGCUGCCCAAGGCCCCGCCAUGAUCCCGCUCAUGCUCCAGCAGGGCUACACGGGUCUGGCAGUGACGUUUGAUGUUUGGGGCGUGGCCAACAUGGUCAAGGACGGCAUGGAGGAGGCGCGCGCCGUGAUUGUGAAGAAUGUGGAUGAGACUGCCGCUGCGGCCAAGGCGAACGGCUCGAAUGGUACCGCCGAGGUGCCCACCCGGGAAGCACCUUCGUCGUAG